UGGGGGCAGGGGCGGGGCGGAGGCGGAGCGGGCGGUGUAAACAGACCCGGGAGCCGCGAGCCCCGGAGGAGGCGCGGGCGGCGCCGCCAUGGACUUCCAGCAGCUGGCAGAUGUCGCGGAGAAGUGGUGUUCCAGCACGCCCUUCGAGCUCAUCGCCGCCGAAGAGACCGAGCGCAGGAUGGACUUCUAUGCCGACCCGGGUGUAUCCUUCUACGUGUUGUGUCCCGACAACGGCUGCGGUGACAGUUUUCACGUGUGGAGUGAGAGCGAAGACUGCCUGCCCUUCUUGCAGCUAGCACAGGAUUACAUCUCGUCGUGCGGCAAGAAGACGCUCCAUGAAGUCUUGGAAAAAGUCUUCAAGUCCUUCAGACCUCUGCUGGGGCUUCCAGAUGCAGAUGAUGAUGCGUUUGAAGAGUACAGUGCAGAUGUGGAGGAGGAGGAGCCAGAGGCAGACCACCCCCAAAUGGGGGUCAGUCAGCAAUAAACUCCUAGGUCACCUUCCAGAAGGGGAUGAAGCCCUGAGCUGCCGAUGGAGUCCUGUGCUCCUGAGGUAGCCUUUUGUAUUAGCUCUUCAAGACAGGACAUCGGGCUCCUGACAUCCACCUGCAAAUGAAAUACCUUUUAAAUGACCACACAAUGUCUGUGAUGAGCUUCGCUCAGAAGUGAUCAGAAUCUCUGCCCCACUUUGACGGGGUUUCUGUGGAAGUGUCUUGGUAGCCUUUGUCACUUUGAGGUUAGAGCCUAUGUUGUGGCUGCCUGUUCCCUCUUGAGUUUAUGUUGGAGAAUUAAUGUUUGCUGAUUGGGAUGUAGAGAACGCUGAAUGUAUUAGGGAUGUGUUUUGAGUCCUCCCAGGUGACCUUGCUGAGGAAAAGCAUGACCGAGGAGAAAUGCAGCCUGCACUUUUCAUGUAUCUUUUUUACGUGUUCAUAAGUGAAAGGUGUGGCUUAGAAAGCAUGAGUUUUAAUAUCUAGUUGUGAACUGCGCACGUGCAGAUGCAGAGGACGAGGGUGGCUGAGACUCCUCGGAGUCCUGUAGCUGCCGAAUUGGUUACCUGGGCAUGCAGCAGCCAGCCACUGGUUAGUGUAAAUGUUUUGUGGUUGUUCGGUCAUGUUAAACCAUGCUAAUUCCAAAGCCACUUUUAAAUUCUAAUAGUGGAAAGUAUAGGUGGUGUGUAAGAUAUAAAUUAUUGAUUCCUUUGAGCUGUUUCUAACCCUGCAUAUGAAGUGAAAUCUCUGUGAUGAGACGGCCACGCGUUAAAUCAUGAAAACAACCAGAAUCCGAGCAAGUGUCCCUUAGGCUUUGAAGCCACCGAUGAAAUCUAAUAAGAAAAUAAACCAGGACAAAAAAAAAUAA